AUGGCGGCGGCGGCCGGGCUGGCGGCGGCCGUGGCGGCGGCUUUGGGCGCGCUGCUGAUGGCGCCCGGCCUCACGCAGCCGCACAGCGGGGGCCCGCCGGAGGGGAGCGGGCCCGGGGCGGUGGAGCGGCACCCCCCGGGGCGGAUGGACCAGGCCGUGCUGCUCGUCCGCAACGAGCUGCCCGCGCAGGGCCUCCUCCUCACCGCCCGCUCCGGCUCCUGCCACCAGUGCCUGUAUCAGUUCCUGGCGUUCGUGCCACCGAGCAACGGCAGCCUGAGAAAGCCGGGCACGGCGGAGGUAGUGGUGGAUACCCAGCAUCCCCUCACGCUGCAGCUCAACGGCUCUGUGAGUGACACGGAGCUCUGCAAGAUUCAGUAUCAUUUUGGAGAGUUUGGCAAUUAUUCCCUUGUGGUAAAGACCCUAAGUACAAGCACCAAAACUGUUUCUUGUGACCUAGUCAUCAAUGAAGGCCCUGUCAACAGCUAUCUCCCUAUUCUCUUUGCUUUCCUGGUUUACACUGGGACCCUCACUAUCCUGAUUGUCGGGCGCCUUUUGAUGAAAAUUCAUGCAGUCAGGAACUGGGUUUACAAGAAACUGAACCCCAGAGAAACCGAUCGUCUGAUUAAUUCUGAGCUCGGAUCCCCGAACACAGCAGACUCCAUUAGCAGUGAUCUCACCCCGCAUUUGUGGAGCACAGCCUCUCGGCAGCGGCUGCGUUCCCUGGACACGUUCCGAGGGCUCUCUCUUAUAAUUAUGGUGUUCGUUAACUAUGGAGGAGGAAAAUACUGGUUCUUCAAACACGAGAGUUGGAAUGGAUUAACAGUGGCAGAUCUGGUGUUUCCAUGGUUUGUGUUCAUCAUGGGGACAUCGAUAUCAUUGUCACUGAGCUCCAUGCUGAGGUGGGGAAGUUCCAAGCAGAAGCUGCUUGGGAAAAUCAUGUGGAGGAGUUUUCUGCUAAUCCUGCUGGGAAUCAUAGUUGUGAAUCCCAAUUAUUGCCUUGGACCAUUGUCAUGGGAUAAUAUUCGUAUUCCUGGGGUGCUCCAGAGGCUGGGAUUCACAUACCUUGUGGUUGCUGCUCUUGAACUCCUGUUUACAAGAGCUGGUGCUGAGAGUGGGACCUUGGAGACACUGUGUCCUGCUCUGCAGGAUAUUCUCCCCUACUGGCCACAGUGGAUUUUCAUUCUGAUGUUAGAAGCGAUUUGGCUCUGCCUGACCUUUUUGUUACCAGUGCCAGGUUGUCCCAGGGGCUAUCUAGGUCCUGGGGGCAUUGGCGACUUUGGGAACUAUCCCAACUGCACUGGAGGAGCAGCUGGUUACAUUGAUCGUUUGCUGCUUGGAGAAAAGCAUAUAUAUCAGCAUCCCUCUUCAUGUGUGAUUUACCAAACAACGAUGCCAUAUGAUCCUGAAGGCAUCCUGGGGACCAUAAAUACCAUCUUUAUGGCCUUUCUGGGACUGCAGGCAGGAAAAAUUAUCUUGUCCUACAGAGACCAGCACAAACAAAUUAUAAGUCGGUUUGCCAUAUGGAGCAUUGUAAUGGGAAUUGUUUCUGCUAUCUUAACGAAAUGCUCUAAAGAAGAUGGAUUUAUUCCCAUAAACAAGAACUUAUGGUCGCUAUCAUAUGUGACAACCACAAGCUGCUUUGCCUUCAUCCUCUUACUGCUGAUGUAUUACCUUGUGGAUGUCAAGAGACUCUGGUCAGGUGCUCCAUUUUUCUACCCAGGAAUGAACUCAAUCCUGGUCUACAUUGGACACGAAGUGUUUGAAAAUUAUUUCCCUUUUAAGUGGAAGAUGCAAGACAGUCAAUCCCAUGCAGAGCAUCUGACUCAGAACCUCACUGCCACAACUCUUUGGGUCAUAAUAUCCUAUGUACUUUACAGGAGAAGGAUAUUCUGGAAAAUCUGAUAGCAGUGGCCAAAGUGUAGCAAGCCUAGGUUCUGAUGAAGCAAGUGGAUGAGGUGUAUUAGCCUGAAACACUGCCAGUCAUGCUAGGCUGCAUUACUAAAAAGGGAUUCUAGUUCACGUUUACAGUGCCAUGGACGUUGUCAUCAAGAUUUUUACGUGACUUAAGGGACAGUAUCUUUCUGUUUAGCAAAACCUCAUUAGUUUGCUGCGGUUGCUCUUUGUUUUCUGUACUUUGUAAAUAUUUUACUGAUCUCCCUCCUUCACCUAGAGAAACUGAACGUAUUGCAGCAGUUGGGCAGUCAAGGACAGCCUGAUGGUGCUUACAAAGGGAACAGCAAGGGAUCUGGGUGGUGACUACAGAAUGACACCAUGGCAGCACUUGUGUCUAACAAGGCACCCCCUAACUCUGGUCAAGGGUUUGUAUGUACCCUUUUCACCCACUGUGCCAUGCUAGUUACCACCUCACAUUUAACUUUGCCAUCUUUUUGACUCAAACACUGGCAGCAUCUUCAGCCCCGCAGUCUACAGACAGGGAGUGCUUCAGGGCACCUCUGUGCUACAGCGUGCUGUGGAAAGCAGUGACUCAGCUGAGCAUUCCUUGUUGUCUUCUUCCAAUUUGGUCCUGGAUCCAAGCCUUAGGUUAAGGAUCCUGCUGAAGGUGCUGUCAAAGAUCUCUUCUACUGGCUUAUUAAUCAGCAUGCUGCUGCUACAGGUUUGGCGGCCCAUCGGGGCCACUGUGCUACACACCUCUAGCAUGGAUGAGGUCCAAGUUUCACGUGCUGCACUCAAAGAGUGCAGAAAGGUCAAUUCUUGUCGACCUAUAUCAUCACUUGGGUAUUACCGAAGUAUGAUCAAAGCAAUCCUCUUUAUAAGUGGAAUCAGAAAACCAGUAGUACAGGUAGAUUUCAGCCAAAAAAAGGAAUAGAUAGUAGACCAAUUCAAUGUACAGUAAUGUUUUUUUGAAACUCAGGAUUUCCACACCAGUGUUAAUAAAAAGCCUGAAAUGUC